CGAAGGAAACAAUUGAACGUUUCGUGUAGUUGGUGAAAAGUUACAAAGGCGCAACAUGAAUACUCUUGUUAAGUCAGUGGUUGCUGUGGCAUUUGUUCUGAUGCUUAGCGCACGCACCGCCUAUGGAAUAGAAUGCUACUCGUGUGUGGCCGGCGAUACCAAGUGUAAAGACGAGUUCAAUGCAGAUGGUGUCCUCACAUCGACGUCGUGCACGUCAUGCACAAAGACAAAGGACGGCGACUCGGUUGCCCGCGGCUGCAGCACAACUUAUAAAGGUUUUGAUGGCUGCGUAGAGAACAAGGACGAGAAGCAAGCAUUAUGCUUCUGCAAAAAGGAUAAAUGUAACAACGCUUCCGGUCUGACUGUCACCAUGGCAACCAUCGCUUCCGCUCUGCUCCUGUCACAUCUGCUCAAGAAAAUGUAGAUGAUCUGUAUGACAAUCAACUAUGCACACGUGUAUUUUCGCGUUGUGUUUUUUGUUGUUGUAUUUUGUUACUGAAAAACUAUACUUUUUAUUUUAAAAAAAAACAGGUACGUUCAGUCUAAGUGCGGUCUCUUCUUCAGUUCAUGACGGGUUAUAGUUCAAGUUUUUAGACUUAUCCUCCCUUCUUUCAAAAGUGUUUCACAUUAUUAUGAUGUUUCCAAAGAUCUGUUAGUCAUCGCACUGCUAAAAAUUAAUAAAAGGCGGCAAUCAACAUGGAAGCGACUAGUCGGGUUGUGAAAUCUGUUUUGUUUAGAAGUUAUGGUCAAAGGCGUACACUCAAAAUACUUCACAUGUGAAGCUAAAUGACUCUUACGACCAGCAAUGUGGCAAUGGAACGAUCAUGUCAACAGAAAAACCAGCUAAGGCAUGCAUAGAAAUGAAUACAGCAGUUUGUACUGUCCGUGUUAAUUGGUUGUAUUCCGAUUGUUUAUACUCCUCACGAUAUUGGUGUUCGUUUGUGAGGGUAAUAUAAAUCAUAUUACAACUUAUUUCUGGAGAAGAUGCUGAAUUGUAACAAUGAAUGAUGUACUAGAAAUGUUUGUAAUCACUUGCUCACAUCUGACAUAAUAAAUGUGUUGGUCAAACUUAAAAUCG